ACAGACCGCGCCGACCGCUCGGCUUUUUCGGAGAUGAGAAAUCUAAUUUUAAUGGUUUUCUCGGUAGCCGUGGCAAUACGCGAAAUGGAAUGUCUUUUAGAGUAUGCGUAUCCCAUAGCGAAAAACGGCUGCAGAAUCAGUUGUGUACCGCUGGAAGAGGACGAUUUGUGUAUCGCUUACUGCCAGGAACAGGGAGCGGAUGACGCUGUCUGCAGUGCCGCGGCUUCGGCCUGUCUCUGUUACGAUGCGCCCGAUACCAUGAUGAUCUGGAAUGCGGCUUCCUCCAAAUGUCCGUACUGGAACGAAAAUUCUGUUAGAUUCUUAGUUUGAUAUCAUUUAAUUAUCUCAAAAAAUGUAUGGAAAAAAUUCAAAUAUUCAUUUUAAAUGAAAAUUAAAGUACUUA